AUGGCGGAAACUGCCGACAAACCUCAAACUCUCGCAGAGCAAUACUAUGUGAAGGACAAACAAGACAAAGUAGAGGUAGUUGAAAAACCUGUUGCUGUCGAGGAAGUUGAAAAGCCAAAGGAGGCUACUUCCGAGGAAGCUGUUGUUGAGAAAGCUGAAGAAAACACUCUAGAGCCAAGCAGUGAAACUGUUGUCGGAGAAAACACUCUAGAGCCAAGCAGUGAAACUGUUGUCGAUCAAAGCACUCUAGAGCCAAGCAGUGAAACUGUUGUCGAACAAAGCAAUCUAGAGCCAAGCAGUGAAACUGUUGUCGAACAAAGUUCUGGUGAUCAAGAGGAAGUUGAAGAGAAACCUGAAAUUAAGCUAGAGACUGCUCCAGUAGAUUUCCGUUUUCCAACUACUAAUCAAACAAGGCAUUGCUUUACUCGAUACAUUGAAUAUCAUCGAUGUGUAGCUGCAAAGGGAGAUGAUGCACCAGAAUGUGAUAAGUUUGCCAAGUAUUAUCGUGCUCUUUGCCCUGGCGAAUGGGUUGACAGAUGGAAUGAGCAACGCGAGAAUGGAACAUUCCCAGGCCCACUGUAG